AUGGGAACGUGGAGUGGCGUGGCGUCAGCAAUACGACCAUACGGAGAUCUCGGCCUAAUCUGGAUUGACGCGCACAUGGAUGCCCACACACCAUCGUCAACACCAUCAGGCAAUAUCCAUGGGAUGCCGGUAGCCCAUUUGCUCGGUUACGGCGACAAAAAUUUGGUCCGAAUUGGUGACCGUUUGCCAAAAAUCCUUCCUCACAAUAUGUGCAUGGUCGGCAUCCGAAGUUAUGAAAAUGGAGAACAGGAGCUUCUCGAAGGUCUUGGUGUACGGAUUUUCUAUAUGGAUGAGGUGGAGCGACGAGGUAUCGCUGAGGUGAUGCAGGAAGCUCUUUACAUGGUUACCAGAAACACAAUUGGAUUCGGAAUGUCAAUUGACAUCGAUGGGUUCGAUGUGGCUGACGCUCCAGCCGUUGGCACUCCAGCUGAAAAUGGUAUCAUAGCCAGUGAAUUCCUUCGAGCAGUACUCACAUUGGACCUUUCGAAACUUCUCGCCACAGAAAUCGUAGAAUUUCUUCCAAAACUGGAUGAUCACCACAAAUCAAGUGAAAAAUUGGUUAUAAGUUUGAUGGAAUCAAUUUAUCUCACGAAAUUCUUUCAACAUCAGACGACAGCCGCUAUCGAGCAGCGAAUGCAGGCAUCUGCAUGA